AUGAAGAAACGCGGGAGCAUGAGCAGCAUGAGCAGCAGCAGUAGAAGCAGCCGCAACAAGAAAACGGAUCGCCGCAACAGCCGCGGCGUUUCCUUCCGUCCGAUUGUGGAAGUGGUCGACCAUGACAAUGAUGUCCAAUGGAGCGGUAUUGAUCCCGAGUUGGGCGACCAUGACGAGUCGGUGCAACAGCAACUGGCUGACUUGAGUAGUAGUAGUUGGCACGGCAACACUGCUGCUACUAGUGCUGCACGAAGACAACAGCAAUUGGCCGAUUUGAAUUCGAGUUGGCACAGUACCAACAGUGCUAGUGCUUCUGCUAGCGGGAGUGGUACUGCGUCUUCAAGUAGUUCCGCACGAAGAAGGUCCGUCAGUUUGAGUCCAUUUGUCACUGUCAUGGGAGACACUACGGAUGAUACACCAACACCAGCUACGACGACGGAAGGACGGACUGCGAGGAGCAGUAGUAGCAGCAGCGCUUUGUCGAGUAGCGACGACGACGAUGACGAUGAUCCGUCGUACGCCAUUGUGGAAGCUCGUGUGGCCGCUGCGGAAGCCGCCGUGGAAUCACAAGCCAUGAACGACGCGUCGCAAAUGUCACAACAAGACCGAUUGGCUCAGAUGAACGCGAGUUGGCACAGCGUGGGAAGUGAACGCACCACACCUCGCAUCGUUGCCAUGAGUCCUUACAUUACCGUCAUUGACGACGAUCAACCAGAAGACGAGCAUGAGCAUGAAGAUCUCAUGGUCGACACGGGAGACUACGACGUCAAUGACGAAAUGGAUUCGAGUGAACGUGGACAAUCGCCACUACGAGACGAGCUCGUCGAGUACGAACAGCAGCAACUGGAAGCGUAUCAACGGCAACUCGACGAACAGCAGCAACGACGACAAGACGCGCCCUUUCAUCGCACAAGUACCAAUUCCACCAUUUCCACACGAAACAGUACUGGAUCCUUGGGGUCUCUCGGCAGAGCCAUGGCCGUGACCACGGAAGCGGCCAUGAUUGUUCCGCCUUCGCAAGACUUUCUCGAUGGAGGACUCUUUGACGAUGAAGACGAAGAAGACGAGUCGUCAGAUUCCAUGGACGAAAGCUUUCACACGGCGGGAAACUACUAUGCCAAUGGACAUCAGAGCUUUCGAUUCCUUGACGACAAUUCCAAUCAAUCCCUGGGGCUCAACAAUGACAGCUCUACGCACUCCUUUGGCAUGGACAAUACGGCGCAUUCUGCCAUUCAGAUCACGCCACACGAACAGAGCCAAGACCUGCAAGACAAUAGUGACAACACUAUUGAUCACUCUCGAAGACGCUACUCGCCACCCUCCUCGCCCGUCUUGGCGACGCUCUCCACGCAGUCCAUUCCAAGCGGCAGUACUCGAUCGUUGUCCCCCGAAGCAUCCUUUCGCAAACGAUCGCGGUUUCUACCCGCCGAUGCCAAGGACUUUCUCGAUAACAACAGCAAUGUGUCGCUCCUUACCGAUGACGGCAAGAAUGUCAUCAAGGAAGAAGACGAAGGUGACCACAGUGACCACACGGAAGGAGGCGACGAUGAGAAACGCACGAAAUUCAUGGAUGCCAGUGAUGCUUCCAUGUCGCUUACCGAUCUUAUUGCUGAAAUGGAAGAAGAACGUACCCAGAAACAAAAGGACAAGCAAGAACUCAAGAAAAUGGAAGACAAGGACAGCGAUGAUGACGAUGACAAUGAUCAUAACAAGAAUGACGAUGUCUCGGACAGUGACGAUUACUCGGCAUCAACUGUGGACAUGGCCGAAAAACGAGAAAAACACGUGAGAGCCAGUUUCAUCUUCGCCAUCAUGUCGUGUAUCGGGAUGGUGUUCUUGUCCAAGAUGUUUGGCAAAUUGUAUAACAUGAUUAGCAAGGCCGGGGGAGACAAUGAUGCCGCUGACGUUGCUGCGGAAGUCGUCAAUGAAGCACAAACCGAAGCCGCCGAUAACGCGUCGCGCAUGCUCAUGAUGCAACAGUCCAGUCAAAACUCUUCCAGUAGUUUGUUGGCGGGACCCAUGCCCAUCAAUGCCGGUGGUGCCGAUCAAGCGGUGGCACAUCAAAUGGCUGCCGCUGCAGCGCAGAAUGCUGCAGGGUCUGCCGCCACGGGUUCCUCGGCCGCCACUUCGGCGGCUGCCGCUCAAGCCGGUAUUGUUAGUUCCUUCACGUCUUCGUUGGCGGGGGCAUCCACCGGAGCUCAAGUGGGUUUCGCAUUGGCUGUCGCCGCAGCGGCCGCGGGAAUGACUGCCGUGGUGGUCAACCAACCGUCGGAACCUACCAUGAUUGUCCAAUCCCAAGCUUGCUUCCCGCCGGAGAUUGUCCAGUACAAGGAAGGAUACCUCGAUUUGGUAUUCGAAAACUUGCCGCUGGAUAUGCUGCAGAUGCACAAGACGACUCUCGAAGAGAUCAUGGUGGAAGUCUACAACGAAUUGGCCGGAUGCAGCUCGCUCUACGGAAGACGACUCGAAUCGGCCAUUCUCAGUGACUUUUCCAGUUUCCUCAAUCCCUUGGAUCCUUUUGGGUCGUACGCAUCCACCCAGUGGACGGCCAUUGUUUCGUGCGAUAACUGUCCCGAUAGCGAACCCAUGUUCUCGGCGCGCACGUCGGAUACCGUGUGGUUCAUUGAAACGCCCGAUAAUCAUACAUUGGCAAAUAUCACGGAAGAGGAGGAGACCAUCCAGGAGGAUCCAGAAGAAGAGACUGCUGUCAGUAAGUUGGAUGACCAAGCACCACAAGACAGCAGCAGCACUGUGGAUGUAGAGAAGACUGAAGAAGAAGGAAAGGGACUCGUCGACAGGGCCCUAGUAGGCGUGGACGAGAAGACUGAAGAGGAAGGAAAAGGGCUGGUCGACAGGGCCCUGUCGUCCUGGAACAGAUUAUUGGAUUCCAUUCGUCAAGAAGAUUUCUUUAUUCGGUUCCUUCUGCUCUUUACGGAACGGAUGAAUUUGGUCUUUUAUCAGUUUGCCGUCAAGGCUGCAGAGGCCGCCGCUGAAGCGGCUGGUGGCGCCUAUGUUAAUGGAACUCUUGGUUAUUAUGUGAAUGGAACCUUUGUGGGAGGUACUUUUGUCAAUGGAACAUUUGGUUUCUACGACGAUGACGGUAACUUUGUGGAGGACGAUCUCUUUGAAGAAGUCUUUGGUGGCAACGCGACGGAACUAUUCGAGUUUCUCGAAAGUGCUGACGAAAUCUCGUUGUUCUCCGGGGCUGUGUUGGAUGAAAACAGCACGGUUGUGUCUGAGUACGUCGUCCAAAGGAAUUACACGUUGAGUCCGUCGGCUGAGCCCACCAUAACACCAACCACUGCACCGAGCACGGUACCAAGCGUGGAUCCAUCCACCGCACCCAGCGUUGAGCCUUCCACUGCACCGAGCAUGGUACCAAGCUUGCAGCCGUCCGGGGAACCAUCGUUGAUGCCCUCAGAUUGUAUAUGCGUCGAGAUACCAAGCGCCUCUCCAAGCAUAGCGCCGUCUGGGCUGCCAAGUGAUUCGCCGUCAGAGUCUCCGUCAAGAUCCCCUUCGGAUAUGCCUUCGGAUCCCCCCUCUGUGUCUCAAGCCCCCUCAGCAGCACCCACAAUCCAGUGCUACUGUUCACAUUUCCCAACAGAUGGUCCAUCCGACAGUCCUUCGACGUCACCCUCAAUUGCACCUACUCCCAAUCCGACUUCGGAGCCCACCGCUGCUCCGGUCAUCGUUCGAUCCGAAACCAUCUUUGUUCCACUCACGGAGAUUACCCCCGGGUCGCCUUCUGCAAGUCCAACCACCUCCGCUCCAACAACAUCACCUUCAAAGGGCCCGACGACAUCCCCGUCACGAGGACCCACAACUCUGCCAUCGGUCGUCCCGUCCAGUAUCCCAUCUAGGGACCCAAGUGUCUCUCCGUCAUACGUCCCCUCGAAGUCGCCUACAGAGUCGCCAUCAACCUCCCCUAGUAUCAUCCCAUCACUAUCACCAUCGUUAUACCCAACCAAAGCGCCCACGAAGGAACCAACGACAUCUCCGUCAGCAAUUCCAACUGUCACGCCGGGAAAGCCUUCAGCUAGUCCAACUACGGCCACCCCGAGCUCAAUUCCCUCAGCCUCGCCUUCCAUGGAUCCCACAGGGAGCCCCACAACCCUUGCGUCCUUUUGUGAAUUUGUGACUUUCACGGAUGCUGUGUACGUGGGAUACCGAGGAGACACUUCAGGACUCUCCGACCAGGAGCUUGUCACCUCAUUUGAGGAAGCAUACGGCUCAGUUGCCGAUGAAAGAUGCUCUCCAUUGUUGCUGGAAGUGCAGGUGGUUAAGAGGUACGCCUUUGGACGUAGGCUACAAGCCGGAAUCACUCAAGUUGAAUAUCUUGCUAGAACAAACAGGACCCUGGAAGAUUCCUUCCUCGCCGGAGCCGAUCGACAGCCCUUUGUGAACAGUAUCUCGUCUUCUACCGGGAUUACUGCUGUGUAUGUUCGUUUUGUUCUGACGACACUCACACCAACGGUUUCACCAACCACAAGCCCUUCUGCAAUCCCCUCAGGAUCUCCCAGCAGAUCUCCAUCAUCGUCUCCCACCCCACAACCAUCACCAGAACCCACAACAAGCCCGUCGGUGAAUCCCUCUGUGUCGCCGUCAUUAAAGCCAACAGUUAGUCCAUCGGCAUCACCGAGUCGUGUGCCGACGAUAUCCCCGACACCCAAUCCCACCGUUACUCCGGGGACACCAUCGGCAACACCCACAACAGCCAACCCGUCGAGUUCCCCAUCAAAUACACCAACUGAGCCUCCCACAGAUCCCCCAACUGAACCUCCUACUGAUCCGCCUACCCCACUCCCAACGGACAUUCCAACAGAACCACCAACUGAUACUCCAACUCCAGUCCCAACGGAACCCCCUACAGAGCCACCGACCGAAGUACCAACCGAACCCCCCACAGAACCCCCUACUGAUCCACCAACGGAAACCCCGACAGACCCGCCAACUCCAGUUCCAACCGAAAGCCCAACAGAGCCCCCGACCGAAGUACCAACAGAACCGCCCACAGAACACCCUACUGAUCCACCAACCGAAAGCCCAACAGAGCCUCCAACGGAAGCACCAACAGAGCCUCCUACAGAACCCCCCACUGAUCCACCAACCCCACUCCCAACUGAGACGCCCACAGAACCGCCUACAAACCCUCCAACACCUCUUCCAACUAACCCCCCAACAGACCUGCCAACUGUUGCACCAUUUGCAGUGACUCAUUUCACUGUGUUUGAAAACCAAGGCAAUCCCAGUGACUAUCCCGACAGAAUCCUGUCUGGCUACGAAACCAUAACAGGAGACAAAGACCUUUUCCGGGAUGUGAAUUUCCCUAGCCGAAUUGCCCUCGUUGCAGCGGUUGAUGACUCUGUUGUGGACAAGGUUGUGUUCACUGUGAAUGGUGGCCCAGAGUUUCAACGCAAUGCACCUUUUCUGUUGAACCCUUCGAACUGGGGUAACACAAACCAAUGGACAAAUCUGGAAGAGUUUGUGAUCACGGCCACACCUUUCAAGGGCAAUCUUCCCGGCACCCCUUUGGCAGUUACGUUUACUGUGGUAAUUGCAGCGACUCCUCGGCCAUCAGAGCCACCAACUGAACCACCCACAGAUUUCCCGACGGAGCCUCCAACAGAACCACCAACUCAAAACCCAACAGAGCCACCCACAGAGCCUCCAACAGAUCCACCAACCCCGUUGCCGACUGAAGCACCUACUGAACCUCCAACAGAACCUCCUACACCUUUUCCAACAGAGCCACCAACUGAUCCACCCACGCCUAUCCCAACUGAGACACCUACGGAACCUCCUACAGACCCGCCCACUCCUGUUCCAACUGAGACGCCUACGGACCCUCCAACAGAACGCCCCACUGAUCCACCAACAGACCCUCCUACAGAACCCCCUACUGAUCCACCAACGGACCCUCCUACAGAACCCCCUACUGAUCCACCAACGGACUCUCCUACAGAACCCCCUACUGAUCCACCAACGGACCCUCCUACAGAACCCCCCACAGAUCCACCAACGGAACCUCCAUCAAAUCCUCCUACGCCUUUCCCAACUGAACCUCCCACGGAUCCGCCAACUCCUCCGCCAACUGAGACACCCACAGAACCACCUACAAACCCUCCAACACCUCUUCCGACCAACCCACCAACAGAUCUGCCAACUGUUGCACCAUUUGCAGUGACUCAUUUCACUGUGUUUGAAAACCAAGGCAAUCCCAGAGAUUAUCCAGACAGAAUCCUGUCUGGAUACGAAACCAUAACUGGAGACAAAGACCUGUUCCGGGAUGUGAGUUUCCCUCGCCGAAUUUCCCUCUUUGCAGCUGUUGAUGAUUCUGUUGUGGACAAGGUGGUGUUCACAAUUAAUGGUGGCCCAGAGUUUCAACACGAUGCACCUUUUCUGCUGUUCCCCCCAAACUGGGGUAACACAAAUCAAUGGUUAAAUGGUGAUCAGUUUGUGAUCACUGCCACACCUUUCAAGGGUGAUCUUCCCGGCACCCCAUUGGCAGUUACGUUUACUGUGGUGAUUGCAGCGACUCCUCGGCCAUCAGAGCCACCAACUGAACCACCCACGGAUUUCCCGACGGAGCCUCCAACAGAACCACCAACUCAAAAUCCAACGGAGCCACCCACAGAACCUCCAACAGACCCCCCUACACCAGUACCAACUGAGCCACCCACAGAACCUCCUACGGAGCCUCCAACCGAACCCCCUACUGAUCCGCCAACCGAGCCUCCAACAGAGCCUCCUACUGAUCCGCCAACAGAGCCUCCAACAGAGCCACCAACAGAACCUCCUACUGAUGCUCCCAGCAGAAUCCCAAGUGGGAGUCCAAGCAGAUCUCCAUCCACCCUUCCCAGUUUCAGCCCCAGUGCCUCUCCUAGUGGCAGUCCAAGCAGCAUACCUUCCAACGUUCCAAGUAUCAGCCCCAGUACAAGUCCCAGUAAUUCUCCAUCGUUUGCACAAUUUGCAGCAACCAGAUUUGUGCUUAUUGAUUCCUUACCAGGACGCACAGGUUCCUACCUCCAAUACAUCAUUGACGCAUACGCAGAUAUCAGAGCUAAUACAGCUCUUAUUGUGGACUCGAGCUUCCCAGGUUUUGUGAAUCUUUAUGUUGAACUUAAUGACCCUGCUGUUGACAGAGUUGUAUACACUGUGGAUGGUGGAGCUGAUAAGGUCAGAACAGAAUUUCCGUUCUUCCUUGGGCCAACUGCAUGGGCAAGACCUACGGAUUGGGCAAAUGUUGGGACAAUUACUGUGAAAGCAACACCAUACAAAGGAGGCAGGGCAGGCACUCCUCUUGAGGUCACCUUUACUAUUGACUACCGAAUCACUGGUUCUCCAACUUUGCCACCAACACUCCCACCCACUCUUCCACCCACAGAUGCACCGAGCAGCAUUCCAAGUGUCAUCCCAAGUCGUUCUCCCAGUGCAAGCCCCAGCGCUGCUCCAUCCAAGAGUCCAAGCACCAUUCCAAGUGCUGCUCCAUCCAACCGCCCCAGUGGCAACCCCAGUUCCAGUCCAAGCGGGACUCCUUCGCUGAGCUCAUUCACAGUUGAACGACUAGUCUUGUUCAACAACUUCCAGUGUGACACCAGUUGUAUUGUCUCUGGAUAUGACUACAUCACUGGGGACAUCACAGUGACGAACGAUAUCAACUUCCCUCGCAAGGUCAAUGUGUAUGCGGUGGUGGAUGAUGCUGUUACGGAUGUGGUAUACAGCAUUGAUGGAGGAAAUGGCUGGAACGGCCAAGGUGCUCUCUUUGAAGGUCCCAAUAAUUGGGGUACCAAUACCGCUGGUUGGGCUGAUGGGCACACUGUUCAGAUCACUGCCACUCCUUACAAGGGUGAUGUCGCAGGGAUUCCACUAUCAUUGACCCUGACCAUCUAUGUUCCUCCAACACCCCAGCCAACCGACCCCCCAACAGAGGCUCCCACUCCAGCACCUUUCACAAUUUCUAGCUUGGUGUUGUUCAGGAAUGAAAACCCUUGCAAGCAAAAUCCACUUGGCAGUGGCUGUAUUGUGUCUGGUUAUGGAGGAAUCACAGGAUCCACAACCCUUUUCAUUGACCACCUCUUCCCAAGCAAGAUCAAUGUGUAUGCCGAAGUUGACAGUGAUGUGACAGAGGUUGUGUACAGUAUCAACGGGGGCAAUGACAGAUCCAGUACCAGCACUCCUUUUGCUGGUCCUGAGAACUGGGGCACCAACACAGGGAAUUGGGAUGACAGCACAACAAUUGAGAUUGUUGCAACUCCCUACAAGGGUGGAUUUGCAGGGACGCCCUUGACGUUGACCUUCUCUGUGUCCUUUGUCCAGACUCCACCACCCACCGACCCUCCAACACUUCCGCCUACUAACUUCCCUACGGAUCCUCCGACAAACGGACCAACAGAACCACCAACGGAUCAUCCCACGGAGCCACCUACUCUACCCCCCACUGAUCCUCCCACAAUGGCAUCCUUCACUGUUGAUCGACUGGUCUUGUUCAACAACUUCCAGUGCGACACGAGUUGUCCUGUCUCCGGAUAUGACUACAUCACUGGGGACACCACAGUGACGAAGGAUAUCAAUUUCCCUCGCAAGGUCAAUGUGUAUGCCGUCGUUGAUGAUGCUGUUACGGAUGUGGUAUACAGCAUUGAUGGAGGAAAUGGCUGGAAUGGCCAAGGAGCUCUCUUUGAAGGUCCCAAUAAUUGGGGUACCAAUACCGCUGGUUGGGCUGAUGGGCACACUUUUCAGAUCACUGCCACUCCUUACAAGGGUGCUGUUGCAGGGAUUCCACUAUCAUUGACCCUGACCAUCUAUGUUCCUCCAACACCCCAGCCAACCGACCCCCCAACAGAGGCACCCACUCCAGCACCUUUCACAAUUUCUAGCUUGGUGUUGUUCAGGAAUGAAAACCCUUGCAAGCAAAAUCCACUUGGCAGUGGCUGUAUUGUGUCUGGUUAUGGAGGAUCGGCUACCCUUUUCAUUGACCACAACUUCCCAAGCAAGGUUAAUGUGUAUGCCGAAGUGGACAGUGAUGUGACAGAGGUUGUGUACAGUAUCAACGGGGGCAAUGACAGAUCCAGUACCAGUGCUCCUUUUACAGGUCCAGAGAACUGGGGCACCAACACAGGGAAUUGGGAUGACAGCACAACAAUUGAGAUUGUUGCAACUCCCUACAAGGGUGGAUUUGCAGGGACGCCCUUGACGUUGACCUUCUCUGUGUCCAUUGUCCAGACUCCACCACCCACCGACCCUCCAACACUGCCACCUACUAACUUCCCCACGGAGCCUCCGACAAACGGACCAACAGAACCACCAACGGAUCAUCCCACGGAGCCACCUACUCUACCCCCCACUGAUCCUCCCACAAUGGCCUCCUUUACAGUUGAGCGACUGGUCUUGUUCAACAACUUCCAAUGCGACACGAGUUGUCCUGUCUCUGGCUAUGAAUACAUCACUGGUGAUACCACAGUGACGAAGGAUAUCAAUUUCCCUCGCAAGGUCAAUGUGUAUGCCGUCGUUGAUGAUGCUGUUACGGAUGUGGUGUACAACAUUGAUGGAGGAAACGACAGGAACGGUCAAGGUGCUCUCUUUGAAGGUCCUAAUAACUGGGGUACCAAUACCGCAGGUUGGGCUGAUGGGCACACUGUUCAGAUCACUGCCACUCCUUACAAGGGUGCCAUUGCAGGGAUUCCACUAUCAUUGACCCUGACGAUUUAUGUUCCUCCAACUCCGCAGCCAACUGAUCCUCCAACCGAUCCCCCAACGGAGGCUCCUGCUCCAUCUCCGUUCAGAAUUUCUCACUUGGUGUUGUUCAAGAAUGAAAAUCCUUGCAAGCAAAAUCCGCUGGGCAGUGGCUGUUACAUUUCUGGUUUUGGAGGAUCGGCUACCCUUUUCAUUGACCACAACUUCCCAAGCAAGGUUAAUGUGUAUGCCGAAGUCGACAGUGAUGUGACAGAGGUUGUCUACAGUAUCAAUGGAGGCAACGACAGAUCCAGUACCAGUGCUCCUUUUGUAGGUCCCGAGAACUGGGGCACCAACACAGGGAAUUGGGAUGACAGCACAACAAUUGAGAUUGUUGCAACUCCCUACAAGGGUGGAUUUGCAGGGACGCCCUUGACGUUAACCUUUUCCGUGUCUGUUGCCCAGACUCCACAGCCUACGGAACCACCGACACUACCACCGACUAACUUCCCGACGGAGCCUCCGACAGAAGCGCCAACCGGGGCAUCAACGAACGCACCAACCGAAAGUCCUACUGGAACACCAACAGAGACGCCUACGGAAGCACCCACCGGGGCACCGACUCCCACCAACACUGAUUUUGAGGUGACCCACCUUGUCCUGUUCAAAGACCAAGGCAACCCGACAGACGAUGUCUAUGACACUGUGAGUGGCUACACGAACAUUGAUGGAGAUGAGACCAUCACAGUGGAUGAUAACUUCCCCAACAAAGUGAAUGUGUAUGCUGUUGUGGAUGACAGCAACGUUGAUCGAGUAACUUUCAUCGUGGAUGGUGGAAGUGAAGAAGAUGGCCGUGACAAUUUUUCACAGAUGGGUGGCAACUGGGGCAACACCAACCAAUGGCAGGAUGACCAAGAUAUUACCAUUAUUGCUACUCCUUACAUUGGAUCGGUGCAAGGUACACCAUUGACAGUGACGUUAACUGUGGAUUGUGAUGGUGAUUGCAGCAAUAAUGGUAAUGCCAAUGGAAAUGGCAACGGAAAUUCCAAUGGCAAUAAUCGCCGUUGA